AACACACACACCACGAGUGAAGCUGGAAGAUAGACGACAAGUCAGUCUCUCUUAUUCAGUCUAAUCUCCAAGCCGACGUCGUGUCUCUGGUAGUACAACCGCCAUGGGACAGGUCUUAGACAGGCUUCAAGGGAAGCAGUGGAGACAAAACCAAGUGAGGAAAAUAACGGAUAGGGUGUUUAACCGUCUUACAAAUGAAUCGGGAAAGGCUAAUUUGACGUUCGAAGAUUUAUACAUCGCUGUCCUGCUUGUGUACAAUGAAAUCAAUAAGCGUUUACCGGGACCGCAUUUUGAUCCCCCCUCCAAAGAGGAAGUUCGAGCUAUGGUUGUGACCUGUGACUUCAACCUUGAUGGAGAAAUUGGUCGGGAGGAAUUUGUGUGCUUUAUCCAGGAGCUGUCAACUGACACAUUCAUUGCUGUUAGUCAGGGACUUAUCCUCACUUUAGUUGUGGCGCCAACCGUUGCAAUGGCAACAAAGAAGGCUACUGAGGGUGUCCCGGGAGUUGGGAAGGUGGUGCAGAGGAUACCCACCUCAAUUUAUGCAUCCCUCGUGACUCUUGCACUUGUGUUUGUUCAAAAGGCACACGAGGAGUCCGAUUAGGGAGUCUAUUCCUUUUAAACUGAGUGUCUCCUAUAAAUAUUGUACAUGUGAUCCCUUGUAUUUAGUUUGAAUAGUGUUAUACAUACUCCCACAUUCUUACACCCAUUUUUCUACAUUCAUAGGUGGCUUUUAAAAUUACUUUAGAUUAAAAUCCACUCAAGAUUAUUUCAUAUUUAAUGGUAGUUUUAAAAGCCACCUAUAUGUGUAGAAAAAUGGGUGUAGAGAUGUGAGACUAAGUGUAGCAUUACUCAUUUAGUUUCAUCCUAUUUGUAGAUUGGGUUGUUCCAUGGCAGGAUUGAAAUUUAUCUUUUUAUAAGGUGUCGUGAUGAUUAUCUCCUAAUGCUCAUUGUCAAAUACGCAAAAUGUUGCUUGUGAGCUUCAAUAAAACUCCAAGUGGGACUUUGAUAUC